AGGCCAACAACUAAUUUUAACGUGCAAAGUGACGAGAACCGUUUCUUACCCCGUUAAACUCAAUGUAACAUUUCAGUCUCGGUCUUUGAUUGAAUCGAACAAUGAAACAACAGUAAGAUUUAGAAUUGAAAGAUUCGAAUGCAAGGAUGUUGGGACUUAUGCCUGUAUUGCGGACAUGGAUUUUCAACAUUCAAAAACAGAAAUCCCGUUAUAUAUUUCAUCAUGUGAGUAUCAUUUACAUAAAUAUAUAUUUCAUUAGGCAUAUUUUCAUUUAAAAAAAUUUUUGCAAGCAACUUAACAAAGUAAUUUUUUUUUUUUGUAACUCAAAAUUGUCCAGAUUUCUUUGCACAGGAAGCAACAUUUUUGAAAAUUUGUUUUUCCUAGGUUUCUUAAUUGCAUUAUUUUAAAACAUUAUUUUAAUAGUAUACAUUAUUUACGUGUAUGAGUUAUAAAGCAUGUUUAGCUCGUAUGUUAUUUACUGAUAAUUAUUUAUCUUUUACUGACCUCUAUUACAUAUUUUUUCUGAAGGAAUUAUUCAUUAUUAAAUUAUAUUCUCGUUUUGAUACAUAUCAAUGGAUAUUUUCUAAUAUCCUUUUUUAUAAUAUUGUAGAUUUUUAUUUUCAAAAUAUUCCUAAAUAAUAAUGUAUUUUAAAAAAUCAAAUUCAGAUAAAUUUAAACAAACACGAUUUUAUCGUAUGUCAUUUCCGAGUGUUUAAAAGUGCUAAAUGCAAGCCCUCACGCGUACUAAAUAAUCAUUUUCAUUCUAAGAAAAAAAAAUUGUAGGAUUAUUUUACUUUAUAAAGGUGGAAAAGCAGGCUGAGAAUCGAGGAACACAUACAUUUCAUAUAUUACAUUUUUGAUAGUGUUACCCAGUCGUAUUUAUUCAUUUUACCAUAAAUUAAGCUGACCCUUCAUAGUUUUCCAACAUAUAUUAAACACACUAAAGAUUACAUUUUCUAACACUAAAUUAUAAAUAUAUUUUUUUACCAAAUUUAACAAUCUAAUACCUAAAAUGUUUUAUUUUAAAACCAAAUGAAUAUUCAAUCAUUUUAAUUAUAUUUUACCCAAAUUUUUAGUAAUAGCUACAGGUUUAAAUGCACAGAAUAGCCUCAUUUAAAACUUAAACUCUCCGAUCCUUCUAUGAAUAAUUUCCAUCCGAAUUCCACCCCCACCUCCAUUACCGGCACAAUCAUCCAUGUAUACGGUAACCAUCCCACACUUAAUUUCUCAAACCAUGUUCAGCUUCUGAAAAUUUCUACAACAACUCCGUAAUUUAAAUGCUUCUCAUUCUACGCUCUGUUUUUCUCAUCUUCAUCUGAUCUACACUCUGUUACUUAACCUCCUCUAACACUUCCUCCUACCUAUUUUCUAACGACUUCCUUUUAAAUAUAACAUAUGAUCUUACCGUGACCUAUUACAAACUGACCAUUGCCUCCUCAUACGCCAACCAAAAACAUACUAAAAAAACAUUAACUUCUUUCUGUCUAAUCAAUACUGGUCGAUGCUGUAGUAAUUUUUUUUUUAAAAAAAGCCCUUCUUCCUGUGCCAUGUUCUAAUACCGCAUGUACACAUCCAUUUCCGAACACUUUACCAAUUUCACACUCGAAUUACAAAUAACAUUACCGUCCGUCAUGCCCCAUUAAUUAACAUGGUCUGACCACACUACCCAAACCUAAAUCUAGCACACACCAUGGAAAUUGGAGUCAAUAUUUACCCAUCCCAAUAAUUUUUUUGUUUAUAUUAAUCCUGGAAUAUGCUCUAUAUUAUCUUCAGGUGAGCCAAGGUGGUGUGCGCUAGAAACUCGUAUAAAUUUUGACACGGCCGCAGAUAGAAGAGAUUUCAUUGUACCAUUGUGUAUAUUAUCAUACAGUGAUGUGAAUUUUACGUUUACAGUCAAUGGAAGAGUUCUAUCAAGUGAACAGACCAGUAAAUUCAGAUAUGACAAAGUUGGGUAUGACAAUAAUACAAUGACAUAUAGGGCAACUAUCAUUGUAAAAGACAUAUCACAGGAAGAUUAUGGUGAUUACAACGUAACAUUAAUUCAGUCUGGUGUUCCGAACGUAAACUUGAAUCUGUCAUUUCACAUACCAGGUAUGCCUUUUUUUUUUCUAAAUGAGUGUGUGCAUUUAAAUUAGUGAAAAUAAAAUUAUUGGACAUGUUUUAUUUGGUUCAUUUUGUUUAAUAAAAAACAACAACAAACAUUUACUUUAAUUUUAUGUUCAGAACAAUAGAAUACAUUGACAUUUACAUAUUUACUCUAUCUGUCAUUUGCACUUUUUGUUGUUUUAAACCACUUCCUUACAGAUGACGUCUACGGGACGUCAUGAGUAACCCACUUUCAAUUACCAAUGACGUCAACGUGUCGUCUGGACCAAAAAGUGAAAGCACUUUUCUGAAAUACCAAGGGCGUCACGUCGACAUCAAAUUUCAAUGCUAUAUAUAUUUUCUUUUUCGUUUAUAUAUAUAGAGAGAGAGAAGUUAAAAAGCGAAUCGGAUAGAGAAUGAAAUAUACCGAGAAUUUCAUCUUCCCCACCCCCAUCCCCCCCCCCCCCCCCCCCCCCCCGAGUCAGCAAAAAUCGAUGUCAAACCCCAGCGGUAAUAAAGGGGUUAAGGGCCUUGUAUUGACAUAACCGGUCACCAGACACGUACGAAAAAAUUCUAUAAUUGGUAUGGAAAAAUGGACGAGUUCUGCCAAGUGAACAGACCAGUAAAUUCAGAUAUGAUAAAUUUGGGUAUUUUAAUAAUAAAUGAUGUAUAGAAAAAAUGUCGCUGUAAAAACAUAUCACGUGAAGAUUAUGGUGAUUACGACCUAAAUAUAAUAAUGUAUGGGCUCGCGUCAGUUAACAGGCAUUAACCAUAUUCAAUGCAAGGUAAUGACUUUAUUUAAUGCGCGUGUAUAUUUAAGUGCAUGCAAAUUAAAUCCUAUAUCUCUGUGGUAGUUUGUUAGAAAUUUUGUUUCCCAUUUUCCCUCCUUCCUUUUUUUUUUUUUUUUUUUUUUUUUUUUUUUUUUUAUUUUUUUUUUUUUUUUUUUUCUUUUUUUUUUUUUUUUUUUUUUUUUUUUUGCUGUUUUUUUACUAAAUUAUUUUUAAUUAUUCAUGAUAGUAUAUAAUAUAUGCAUUUCUUAUUAGUGUGGUGUAGUUACUUGAAUAUGUAUGAAUGUAAUUACUUGUUAAAAUAUAUUCAGAAAUAGAAGAAAAAAAACAACACAGAAGAAAUCAAUAAUAUAUUAUCUAAAUCUACUGGAAUAAUUUAACCAUUUUUUAAAUAUUAUUUUUAAAAAAAUGAAAUCUUAAUUAGUUUCAAAAUUGAAUCAAUUACUUGAUCGUCCAAAAACAAUUUUAAAAAUGUUCAUCUCAAUAAAAUGUGUACCUAGGUAUUGUAAGAGCGCGGAGCAUGACAAAAAGUACUUUGAGUAUGUUUUUAUUUUUCUUUAUCGUACUGUUGUAUUUAUUUUUCACAGAAAUUAAAACCAAUGAAACAAUGAGCGCUGUCAUUCCACCAAUUAUAACUGUACUCGUUAUCGUCUUACUAGUGCUGAUCUCCACAAGCCUGGUUCUGACUAUCAUAUUAAAAAGAAGAGGUAAUGCGAUUCGUUUUUUAAUUUGAGCUAGUUUUGUUUUUUUUCCCAACUGUUAUAACAUUUUCAGUUGCAAUUAUUUUUUUUUUGUAAGUAUUUGUGACGCAAUUAAUUAUUGCAAGUUCUUUUCUUUCAUUCGCUUUUUCUUUAUGCUCUUAUAUGAAACUUUCAAGAAAAAAUCAAAUGAUGCUUAAAUAGCAUCCGUACAGUUAAUUUAAUGUUUCUCAUUAUGUAGUAAAAUAAUAAAUAGUCGCUUAAGAAAGGCGGAAGGGAUUUAGUCUGUAUCAUGGUUUUAUGUUUUUUUUGUUUUCUGUCAAAUAACAGCCAACCACGAAACCCGGAACGACAGUUCAGCCCCAGUGAACUCCCUGCACUACCAAAAUGUUCCUGAAAUGGUGCGUCCACGCCACGAAUAUGUCAAUGUACAUCAGAAUGAAUAUGAUUUAUUGAAUCCUCAUGACACAGAUCUGCAUGUCUACACGAGGCUUCAAGCAGUACCUUGGGACCACGUGUACAUGUCGGUUAUCGAUGACAACGAUUCUAAUGAAAAUAUAAACAUGACAUUACUUGGAACUGAGGGUGUCCCUAUAAAUAAUAACAGUUGAAACGAUAUUAAAUUAACUUCAAUUCAAAUCAGUUUUGAAAAGAAUGCGUGGGAAAUCAAGUGAAAACCAUUUGGAGGAC